UUCCCUAUCUGACAUUUCCCUUUCCUUCACUGACACACCUCCUUCCUCUUCCUUUCCCCACAAAUACCCAAUUCCCCAUUCUUCUUCUUAUUCCCGUCUUCCUCAUUUCUCCCAUGGCUCCCCUCUCUCUUUUCCUCUUUACAUUACUCCUCAUUUCUUCAAACACCAUUGCAACUCAAGACAUGGAACAGCAAGAGCUUUUGGGGCUGUCUGAAGUCAUGGGUUCUCUCUUAAAUGACCCUGAUUGGCCUCAAGCCCACCCUUUUCCUUGUUCUGACACUCCAUGGCCUGGUGUUAAAUGUGAAAUUGGUCUAUCCCCUCCUUUCUUUCAUGUCACUAAGAUUCAUAUUGGCCCUGAUAUUCUAGACCCACCUUGCAAAAUCUCUGCUAAUUUAUCCCAUUCCUUGCUUAAGCUUCCUUAUUUGAAAUCACUUUCAAUCUUCAACUGUUUUACAUCUUCAUCAGUUUCUCUGUUUCCUGCUCUGUUUGAUUCAUUGCUCUAUUUAGAGCAUUUGUCUCUUCAAUCCAACCCUUCUCUUUCAGGGGAAAUCCCUUCAAGUUUGGGGAAUGCGGCAAGUUUAAGAGUUUUAAGUCUCUCUCAAAACAGUUUAAAUGGGGUGAUUCCACUAUCCAUUGGUGGGUUGGUGUGUUUGGAACAGCUUGAUCUCAGUUACAACAAGUUAAGUGGUGAAGUUCCUCAAUCCGUUGGUGGGUUGAAAAGUUUGAGCAUUUUGGACCUCAGUUGGAAUGCACUUGAAGGUGAGUUAACUUCUUCUUUAGGACAAUUACAACUCCUCCAAAAGAUUGAUUUGAGCUCAAAUCAACUUCGAGGGAAGAUACCCUUAACUUUGGGGAUGUUGCAUAGGUUAGUAUUGCUUGAUUUGAGCCACAACUUCAUAAAUGGGCCCAUCCCUAAAUCAUUUGAAGGGUUGAAGAAUUUGGAAUAUUUGAUAUUAGAUCACAAUCCUUUGAAUUCUGUCGUGCCAUUGUUCAUAGAAAGUCUUGAGAAGCUCAAAUCAAUAAGUUUAUCAGAAUGUAGAAUUGAAGGUUCAAUACCUAUGUCACUCUCUUCUUUGAAAACCCUCACUGCUCUGUCUUUAUCCCACAACAAUCUAAGUGGGAGAAUUCCAAAAGAAUUGGGGAAACUCCCAAACUUGGAUUUGUUGAACUUAAGCCACAAUCAAUUAAGUGGAGAGGUUUAUUUCACAAAUGGGUUUGUGAAAAAACUUGGGAAAAGAUUAGAUUUAAGAGGGAAUUAUGGGGUGUGUUGGAACAAUAAUAUGUCAGUCGUUGAUUCUGAUGACGAAACACCAUAUUGUUUGAAUAGCAAUGGAGGAACAAGAAAUGAGAGUGAAGAAGAUAGUAAGAAAAUACAACCAGCUUGGAACCAAUGGGAAGAUGAUCACAGCUCAACUUCUACUAGAAGUAAUCAUCCAAGUUGGGACAAAAAUCUUUUGCUUUCCUUUUGUGCUUUUGUUGUUGAAGUUGUUUUGUGUUCUUGUUUGUUGUUGUAGUUUUUUUGUUUUUUUUUUUCUUAAAUUUUAAAUUCGUUUCACUUGAAAAGCUGUUGGUUGGCUGGUUGGUGUGUAUGAAACUGAGCUCAUUUAUUCCAUCAGUCAUUUCUAUAUGGUAAAAAGUAAGAAAGACAAAGUUGAUAACAGAGUCGGGUUGUUGACAUGACAAGAAGUUAAAUUAAAUCUUCAUGCAAACAUAAGGUUAUUUUUAUUUUUUGAAAUUUUGGUGGGGGCAUCUAAUAGGAGAAAGGAUGGAACUGGAAAGCCAGGUCUUUUCAGUUUGGUGGGCUGCUUGUCCAUUGUCAGAGAACAAAGACUGAUGCCUAAGAAAUGAGAAACUACUAUUGAUGGUA